AUGGCAGCUUUUCCUGCAACCGCCACGACGCCGCUCACGGUCACUGCACCGUUUGUAGCGCCAUCAGACUGCUCAACACAAUGGAAAACGACGAAUGUGCCUGUGCCUGUGUCAAGCGGCACCACGCUGAUGACGCCUAUCUUAGUUUACGAUCCAUCUGCAUCUUGUUACCCAUCUGGCUCAUUUGACCGAGCGCCAGAAAACCGACUCAACUUCAGGCCUGGAGUAUGUCCAGAUGGCUGGAUAUAUCACAACAUGGCAGUAGCCAGUUCAGGGGCUUCAACUGCUUAUUGCUGCGACAGGGGUUUCGAUUUUCGCUUCUUCGACGGAUACAUCUACGCCACGUCGAUCUUCUCGGAACGUUGCGGUCGAUACGCUUCUGCCACAGCAUUCGGGUCCAGUGUCUCUGAGGACAAGACUCUGAUGGUGCACGAAGCCUGGGCCGUGACUUGGGGUGCAUCCGACACGCCAACGUUGACGCCCCAACUGCCCACUUUGACAAAUUCAAUGCUCGUGCCCGUUUGGACACCCGGUGAUAGAAUCUCUGAUGGCAUAUAUGAUCACGAUGGGGGGAAGGACGGAAAUGCCAUGAGCAAAACCAUGCGUUUGGUUUUGUUGAUCGGCUUACCAAUCAUUGCAGCAAUCAUUAUUUGUCUUAUUACAUGGUGUGGAGUCAGGAAGUACAGAAGGAGUAAACGAAAGAAGAGAGAACUAAAGGCUCGACGGGGAAAGGCUGUCAGAAGAGACGCAGCGUGA